AGUGAUAAGAAAAUGUCGGCUAGUUGGUUGAUAUCAGUAGAAUUUUAGACAUAAUAUCAUUUUAGUAUAUUUACAUUGAAAACCCUAAAGCUCUUCCAAAUUUUGAGUUUUCGAAACAAUUAACAGAUUCAAAACUCAACUGUGAUGUAGAUUUCAUGAACAAACCGUGCUUAGUAGCUCGUUCAAUUGAUCAUAUGGAUGUAAAUUACAGUUACCAAGUGCUAUAAAUUACUUGUUGUUAUUGUUCAAUAUUUGAAUUUAUUCUAAAAAUCGUUCAAGAUGGAUGUUAACGGAUCAGAUAAAAAUGGCAAAGAAAAGCUCAUCCGGAAUGUUAUCAAGGAGGUUAAACAAAUCAUGGAGGAGGCAGUAACACGUAAAUUCGUACAUGAAGAUAGUAGUACGAUUACUUCUUUGUGUGGUGCUGUAGAAGCUUGCUUAUCUCUAGGAUUGAGAAGGAGAGUGCUCGGCUUAUUUAAAACGAGUUCAACAACUGCUCUACUUCAUAAAGUUGCCAAAGAUUUUGAACCCGCAGCUGUUAUUUCCAAAAAAGUACAAGAAAUCGAAAACUCGGACCCUAACAGGAGGUCCUCUUCGAGUGGUGACAGUGUUAAUCGGCCUUCUACGCAAGGUACCCUAACCAGCAGUGUGAGUGUCACAAAACCACCGUUGCAGAAGAAUUCAUCCAGUGUGGGGCUGAGCGUGCCUCAGCCACCCAAAUAUCUUUGGAUCCGUUUGGCUUUGUUCGAGAAACAUCUGGCUAAGAUAAUAGGAUAUCUUGUUCUGAACUCCAAUAAAUACUAUGACAAAGAUGCUCUCGUAGCUGACCCAGAAUAUGGAUCUAUUCUCAGCUCACUUCUAGAAGGACCUUGCGCUCUGGAUUAUUCUAAAACUAAAACCCAGGAUCAUUUCUGGACUGAUCCUCCAGCUGAUGAAUUAGUACAGAGACAUAGAAUUUCAAGUAGUGCCAUAACUCCACCUUCAUGCCGGAGAUCAGCUCUGAAUGUGAGUUUAAGUACAGAGUGUUCAUUAUGUCGCGCUCAUCAAAAUAAAAAUGUAUGUAAAAAGUCAAGUUAUUAUAUUCAAUGUGUAGGUACCGCAAAAGAUCUCACUGAACCAAUCCCUGGUUAUUUGUCACUCCAUCAAACUUCACAAACUCUCACAAUUAUGUGGACUCCAAAUCAACUCAUGAAUGGCUACUCCGAACCCGAUGGUCAAGAUAAAAGCAUGUACUGGGAGUAUGCAAUGAAUGUUAAUGUCAACGAAAUAGUCUACGUGCACUGUCACCAACAAGGAGAUAGUGGGGGCAUGAUUGUAUUGGUAGGUCAAGACGGAGUACAAAGACCUCCUAUCCACUUCCCCCGAGGUGGACACUUAUUGGCUUUUCUGUCUUGUCUUGAAAACGGCCUACUUCCUCAUGGACAACUGGAUCCCCCUCUUUGGUCUCAAAGAGGAAAAGGUAAGGUACUUCCGAAACUGCGCAGGCGUGGUCGAGGAGUGCAAGCCGUGAAACAGGAAGAACCGAGUGAAGAUGAAUCCACCGAUUAUGUAUUUCAGAUCAUCAGCAAAAUGAAACACCAGGACUACUUAACUGGAUCGGGGCAGGACCUCCUAGAUCCGCACCAUAAUUGGUCGACUAGCAUCAGUGGUCCCCUGCCCUCCCCCCGGAGCCGCACCCAACUGGUCUCGUCUUCUACUGGCUCUACAUCUUCCACUAGGUCUUUGACCAACGGUGAAACCGAUUCUCCACCAGCUCAUCAACAUAAACUCUUUACAGGGGAUUCUCUUCAGUUAUUAUGCGAUUCAAUGAAGCAUCAAAUAAUAUCUAGGGCGUUCUACGGUUGGCUGGCCUACUGUAGACACUUGUCCACUGUGAGGAAGCAUCUGUCUGAGCUGGUGAAUGCGAGCAUCGUGGAUGGUGCAGGCGCUGACGAUGGAUUGACUGAGCAAGUGUGGACUGAACUCACACAGACAGGCCAGCUCACUGAUAGUGACCGAGUGUUCAAGUUGGUCUACUAUGGUGGAGUGAGCCAUCACAUAAGGAAACAGGUUUGGCCUUAUCUGCUUGGCCACUAUGCAUUUGGAAGUGAACCAGAAGAACGUCAGAAAGUCGAUCAUACUACCAGACAAAAUUACGAGACGACCAUGUCAGAAUGGUUAGCAGUCGAGGCGAUUGUCAGACAGCGUGAUAAGGAGAUGAUGGCUGCCAAUCUGGCCAAACUAUCCAGUGAAAGUACUAGUGGAGAUGCACCCCCACCCAUUGUCAUGCAGGACAUCAACAAUGAUGUUUUUGUGAGUCUUGGCUCAGAUGAGGAAGACUUACCUCUGGUGCUUGAUGAAGAGGAAGAUCAAAAAAAUGAAACUAAUGUGCCAAAAUGUCCUCCUAAUUCCCUAGAAAAGAAUUCUGUCUCUGAUAUUGAGAUAAAUUGCUCCCCAGAUUCAGUGGUUUUCAAUGGUGUAAUGGAUGACAUUAUUGAAGGAAAGACUGAAAUCGAUCAAAACAGCCAAAUAGAAAGAGUGCCGACUCCUCUUCUAACGGACGAUGAUAAUGAAGGCAAAGAAGAUGAAGAAAUUUCUAAAAAUCAGUUGAAUCCAGAUUCCGAAAGGAAAGGUUCUGUUAUGACACUGACUGUGAAUGAGGAUGGACAUUUGAAUCAGGCUAAUCAGUCGGCCUGUGUAUCUCCAGUGAGUUCUCAAGGAGGUGUCUAUUCUGGUGAACUCUUGAACCAGUUCGGAUUGAACCUGCAUAGAAUAGAUAAGGAUGUUCAGAGAUGCGAUCGCAACUACUAUUACUUUACACCAGAUAAUUUGGAAAAACUACGAAACAUAAUGUGCACUUAUGUGUGGGAGCAUCUGGACAUUGGAUACAUGCAAGGGAUGUGUGACCUAGUUGCUCCUCUGCUAGUGGUGUUCGAUGAUGAGGGAAAAACCUACUCUUGCUUCUCUAAACUUAUGGAUAGAAUGGGUGCCAAUUUCCCUCAUAACGGUGGAGCUAUGGAUACCCAUUUCGCCAAUAUGCGAUCACUUAUACGUAUUCUUGAUUCUGAAAUGUUCGAAUUAAUGCAUCAAAAUGGCGAUUAUACUCAUUUCUACUUCUGUUAUCGUUGGUUUCUUCUUGACUUUAAAAGAGAACUUAUUUAUGACGAUGUGUUUGUUGUUUGGGAAACAAUCUGGGCUGCUAAACACGUGGCAUCAGCACAUUUCGUCUUGUUUAUUGCUCUUGCAUUGGUUAAGACAUAUCGUGACAUCAUACUCACAAACAGUAUGGAUUUUACUGAUGUUAUUAAAUUCUUCAACGAAAUGGCGGAACGUCACGAUGCCAAAAGUAUCCUGUCUUUAGCCCGCAAUCUGGUUCUUCAAGUUCAACUUCUAAUAGAAAAUAAAUAAAAUAUUGGACUCUAUCAACACACCAUAAUAUAAUUACUCCAUCUGUUGGAUUACUGCACAAGUAUGGCAUCAUUAUAAUCAAUAUUCAUUGGUCAUCUUUAUCGUGAAGUAUCACAUUCAUCAUUACCAAUAUUAAUUGUUGAAAUAAGGCAUGCCUAAAAUUAAAAAAAAAAUUACCUAAAAAAUUUUACUCGUUCAACAAAACUUGUUGACAAUUCAUUUUUACUCGUAUCUUGAGAUAGGCUGUUCAAAUUAAUCGAUUCUCGAUACCGAAAAUUUGAUUCUGGGCUAUUUCGAUCAAACUGGCCUGAAAAUAAGGUUUGUUCAAGUGAUUAAAUUUUUGAUAACCGUACUUAUAACUCAAGUUUUCAUUUUUUUCGAAGACUGUAUACACUACAGACCAGACAUGAUUCAUACCUAGAAUACAUCUUACCAUGUGGACGUUGUCACCAUACUAUUCUAUGCUCAUUUGUAUAAAGUACAAUAGCACCAUGUAGCUAUUAUGACAGCAUUAACAGGUGUUUUCAUGUGAUGAUCAUUUCUCGUCCUAUUAUUUUUUAUAGAGAUCUGAUUUUAUUAUCGUUAUAGAAUUAUCGUUUCUUAUGUUCUAUAUUCAAGUAUACGGUAUCAAGAAUCGAUUAACUUCUAAAUUAUUACGUGAUCACUGAUAAUAGAAAUUGUCGCAUUUACCAUUUUAUAUCUUUGUUAGCUAUUUUAAUCAAUUUUGAACGGGCUUUGAUUUUAAAGUUUGCUCUAUAGCUAGUUAGAUGCUACUAGUUAUCCUAUUGUCAUUCAAUUAUUCUUAUAAGUGGCAAUGUCAUUGGUAUUAAGGAAAUUGGUUUUCUAUGUUGGGGGAUGCUCAACUUUUUAACAUGAGCUAAUGAAGCUUCUUGCAUGAGAUUCAGAAUCUUUACAUAUCUUAUGUAAUAAUAAUAGAGGAGGCUGAACCCAUAUAAUGUGAAGAAGCUCUUAUCUGUCUUCUUAGUAUACAGCACUGACAUAACAAGGCUGUCAUUGCAUUUCAGAAUACACAUUAAUGGCAGCAGCUGAAUUCCAAUACAAUUUUUCAUCUUUCACACAAUCAUGUUAAAUAAUAAUAAUAUAUGAGAUCGCUAACAUUUUUUGGCACAAAUCAAGCGUUACAGUGACAGUGAUUUACUGUAUCGAUUUGACAGUAAAUUUUCUUCAACUGUCAUAGCAUGUGAGGUAUAGGUAGUGAAAAUACAGUUUGUAGCCACUAUAAACUCAAAAUCUUUUUAAUCAUUGUCAAGAUGCUGAAUAGUAACAGCUGCACAGAACACUGUGCAGCUACAGGUGCACUGUAGGUGCUUAGGGGUCAAUUUCAAGUGGCUCACCCUAGACAAGUUCUUGUGUGUUUCUAAAAAACUCACUCAGCUCUAUAAGAAACCUGAAAAAUACUCAUUCAAUGCUGAUAUCAUAAUAAAUUUUCAAUUCCUUAUUGUGUGUGUAUUCCGUGUCUGGGGAAGUCUGUUGUCUAUUCCAUGUAAUGCGUCAGUUGAAAACAGGGUGAUGUUGUUCUUGUUUGGCCUACUUCUAAGACUAUCGUAGAAUUUUAUGGCAUCCUCAUUCGGAAGUUAAGAACGUUGUGUAGCGUAACUCGAAUUUUGAAGAACUAAGAGUUUCGAAGAAAUCGUUGUUACCAGGUUGAGGGAGGAUAUGUCACGGUCACCGUGUUAGAAAGGGUUUACAUUGCAGUUGGAGGACCGAUGGUUGCAGUGCAGCCCAGAAAAGGAAGAAGCAUCUUGCAGUCUAAGAAUAUGUCAUGCUGGCAACAUACCUGUUCGACAGAAACUGUUUAUGUCACGGCAUUCCUUUCCAAGUAUCUUGCUUUAUUAAGGAAAAGUUCCACAUGGUGCCGCCGGAACUGAAAUUCAAGAUUUUCCUCAUUCUCAUUGUGUCGCCAUCAUCAUUCAGGGCUGGUGAGAAUCAUGGAGACGGGUAAGAGUAGGAUGCAAUUACAAUUGAGAAUGUCGAUCAGCUAAAGAUCCCUUCCUUCUUCUAUUUUUUUCGACGUUCACACAUGAACUGUUCAUCAGAUGGGAUCGAUGCGGUAGGUUAGCGACGAUAUUUGUGCAAUGAAGGGUGUUGAUUGUUCAUUUAAUAGAGUUCACUGCAUUUUGUGCCUCAUUACACGAAAAGUCACUGGAACCACUUAUCACCACCCAUAUAUAUAUAUAUAUAUAUAUAUAUAUAUAUAUAUAUAUAUAUAUAUAUAUCAGUGCUAUAUAAAAUUUGAGCUAAAUAUAGCUCUGUCAGCUACAUGUAGCUCUGCUAUAAGUAGUUCUUGCAGCAGCCGCUGCUUUCGCCGCAGCUACUGUGAUAUUUUCAGCACAGAGAAGAGAAAGAAUAUAUUGAAUAAUUUUGUCUCUAUUCCAGUCAAAUUUACUCUACAUCAUUGCACAAUAAUUUAUAAAUCAAAAAGAAAUGCUCGCAAUGCGCAGUUACAUACUGCAGUUGGCACUAAACAGCUGCAAACAGCAAUAAACAGCUGCGGCAGCCUUCCUUCAAGGACAGAGAAACUACAUCUAGCUCUGCUAUAAACAAAAAUUGACAUGUAGCUCAGAUUCUCUUUAAUGUUUACCAAAAAUUUUGGCUAGCUCAUUUUCUGCUAUAUAGCUGAGAAAAUAGGCUUAAAACUGCUAUGUAGCCGGGCUAUAUAAAAGAUCUCCAGUGUCACUUUUUGAACUUGUAGAAGAGCUACAUAUAGCUGUGCUAUACAGUUCUGCUGCAUAGUUUAAACCUAGCUUAAAUGUUGAUAAUUGCACAAGUUGAUUUUAUAUGAGAGUUAAUGACAUUCUUCUCAAUCCCAACUCACUGAGGUUGAACAGCUGUUCUGGCCUUUCAUGACGUUAUGUUGACGGUUUUCUUAAUCAAUCACAUUCUCUUCGAUUUUAUUUUUAUGUACAAAUGAAAUGGUUCUUUGGAUUUCAGUUUUAUCUGUCUGAUAUGGAACCAAUUUACUUUUUUUCUGAAGAAAUUUUUCUGUUCCUCAUCUUGUUGAAACAAAUUGCAAAAUAUCCCAAUAUUAUCAAGUAAUAUUGUGCGAUCAAUAGAACCGAAAGCCUUUGCCAGGUCAACGAACAGCAAAAAAAAAAAUUUUUUCUAUAAUUAUUUAUGCUCAUUCUCAAAUAAUCCCCAAGUCUAUAAAAGCAGUUUGAAGAAUUGCAAUCGUGCCUGAAUCCAAACUGGAAAUAGGAUAUCGGAUAAUAACUUGUUUAUUCUUAAAUAGUGAGUCAGUUGGUUCUUAGCCAAUUUCAAAAUAUCAGGGAAAUUCCCGGAUUGAAGCUGCAAUUUAUAAUAUGAUCAAGUGGAUCAAUAAUAGAAUGUAUGCAAUUAGUGGGAAUUUGAAUUUGGAUUGCCAGUACAUAUGUAUUCGAGGGAACUUGAUACAACCCAUUAUUGCUUGCAUUCCAAAGAACACUUUCAUCUCCUCUGGUUUCAAAGAUGGCUUCAUUUAUUUCCCAUGGCUUUGGAGGAAAUAUUGUGCUGUGAAGUGUGCAGCAAGCUCACUGUAAUGUCCUCUGUAAAAUACCUCUCAAAGUAUCCCAUUGGAGUGAGAAUUUCCUGUGAAGAAAACAAAUCAUUAGGAAACUCCAACCCAGGUUUUUUUUUUCAAAGUAGAAAAAGGGAAGCUAUUAAUUUGAAAAUUAAUAUGACUGAAUCUUUGUCAGCAAUAGGCUACUCACAACAAUAUCCUGUUCAUCAGUCUCAAGUGGCAAAUCAUGGGCAGGGAAUGCUCGUUUCUCCCAUUCCAGCUCUGAAGGUUGGCCUGGCUGCUGAUUGAAACUGUCAUCAUCAUCAUUUGAUUCUGGAUCAGAAGAUUCUUGAAUUGUUGUUGGGACAUAAUCCUCGUCACUUGAUUCUUCCUCUAUUUCGAUGUCAGACCCAUUCUCCAGCUGAUUGAGAAGAGAUGUUAUUCCACUCUCAUCCAGAACUUCAUCUUCUGAAAAAAGGAAUAAUACCAAAUGUUUAUUGUAUGAAUUGAAUAAUAGUUUAAAUAAUAAGAGUAUAUAAUUCAAUGAUGAAGAAUAAAGAGAGCUACAUUCACUGAAUUUCUAUGUGUUUUGAUUUAUGUUUCAUGGGAAUAUUUAGAAAAAAGCUUCAUUAUUUGUGAAAAAUCAUCAAAACACUAUUGAAAAAUUAUGGGAAUAAUAGAAGCUAUUGUAAAAUUUAAAUUUCCACUUCAAUAUAUUAAUUAAACUCGAGAAUAAAAUGAAAUGAAUGCUUGUUUUCCAGAGUAUCACAAGUUUUUAGGUUAUGAGUCACUGAAGUGAUUGACUCCUGACUCUCACAAUUAUUGUGUUGUUAACAUUUAAUUUUCAAAUAUCAUUGUCAAAUAUCAUCCAAUCUCAUUUAAAAUGAUACCAACGUGUUCUUUGAUAUUUUCUAAAUGAGAAUCAAUAGUUUAAUUGAUGAAUAGCUAAACAAUAAAUAGUUUUAAAAUGAAUAUCUUACCUUCCCGUGUUGUCAUGGUGCUACAACCAAACAGCCGUGUGAUCAGCUGUCUUCUACAAGCGUAGAAGACAUGAGAAAAAUUAUAGAGUGACGUCGAUAUGACCAGAAGAACCAGCACAAUGAUGUGAGCCAGGAGUGAAAGAGUAGUUGUUUGUUUUCUCCAUAAGAAAAAUGCUUGAAAAUACCAUCACGAUUGUGAGGGCAAGGAGCGUAAGGGUUAGACGAAUUGUGUACUGCAGGCAGGUUGGACCGCUGAAGCCCGAGUUGUGGAAGAUAGACUUCUACUUGAUCAGCUCUUUCUCCAGCUGGUCCUGUGAGUAGAUGUUCCUUGUGCUCUUUAUGUGCCUGCCAGCAAUCGAUGAUCUGAUAGGUGGUGAUCUGGCCCUGAUAUGUGCGUAUGGCAUGUCAGCAUUUAAAACACACAAUUUUAUACAUACAUUAAUGCUCUACAUUCAAUUGCCUGAGCCAUUCUAUUGCUUCAGUUGUCAGUUUAUGUAAACUCUCAAUCCCUCCAUCAAAUUCAUAGAUUGAACAUUCAUUGAUUAUGUGAGAGGUGGUUUGAGCUUCCUGAAUUUAUAGAUUUAAAAAACUAGUUUCUUGUGAUUCCGAUUUACGAGUGGUUGUUUCAACUCACAAGUAGCAGUAACCACUGUCUAUUUCUAGCCUACCUCCUUUGUAGUAGAAACUAUAAUAUUCUUCCUUCUAUAUGCACAUGUGACUGGAAAAAAAUAAAUGAUGUCUUUUAUGAAUCUCGACUUCUCAAAUUCGAUUUAGUGGAUCUCACUCAUUUUGUACAAGUGAAAAGCCUGCUUUUAUUGCCAAGCUUUUCAGAAGGUUCAUGUCGAGUUUUGGAGUGAACAACAUUCCAAAGUACUUGUAGUGAUCCACUACCUCAAUCUCUUCAUCAUUGAAAUUCCAAUUCUCAGACUGUCUCAAUCUUCCACCAUUCCUAAAAAUCAUGAUCUUUGACUUGCUUAGGUUCACCUGUAGACCCCACAGUUCGCAUUACCUCUAAGCCUUUUAUCAUUUUCUUCAGUGUCCAUUCAUGAGAUGCUACCAGCACAAUAUCGUCUGCAUAUAUGCGAGUAACUUAAUACGUGUCCCUCUGAUGUUUAUACCUCACUCUAGGUAGUCUUCUAUAUCAUUGAUAAAGAGGGAAAAGAGAAGAGGACACAUUGACACAUUUUAAUCCUUCUCAGAUUACACUUCUACACAAAUGCUAAAAAUAUAAACUUUAAUAAUAAAAAAUAUAAAUUAGAAGUCACUUCUAAUUAUAUUCAAAAUGGCCCACUCCCUUCUCUCCAGGCUAAAACCCACAACUCCCUUUGUUGGAUCACCUAUGAUUUCUUGGUUUUUGACCGUAUGCUCUCUCCACUUCUUGGUUCAACUAUCUUCUGUUGAGAAAUUGUCAGCAUUCAGCCUUUGCACAGCCUUAACCAGAAAAGGAAUCUGGACCUGAGACUGAUUCCAGGAGGGUUCCUCAGCACAUAUCACGUUUUUUGCCAUGCUCUUAGUAAGGCUUCAUCCCUUCUAAUUUCAGGUAUGGCGAUGUUGCUUAGUUCUGGUAGCCAAUGUCGCUCAGUAGGUUUCAGAACCCUAGCUAUAUGGCCCUGAUAGUGGCCUCCGAAGAGGACCAUCCGAAAUGUGUUAAUUCCUUUCACAUAUAAAAAAGUAAGAAUCCGAUUCAUUGAAUAAUUAGAAUUAUAAAACAAUAUUUUAAAGUAAUAUUUUAAGUUUUAAAAACUCCCCAUCAACUUAUAUACGAAAAAGGAUAUUUUUCCCUUCCUCUUGGACUUUUUUCUCAACUCUCAAAAUUCAAAAAUAGCUUCUCAGUUCACUAUUGAUAAUAAAAAUAAUGGAAAUCGCAUAUUUGUACAGACAACAACUCUAGUAUAGUGAAUUGAUACAAAAUGAACAAAAACUUUUUUUCAAUCAAAUAACUAUUAUACUAAAUAAUUUUGUCAAAAAUUCACCUUGGGGACCUGGGGUUACUUUGUGACAUGAAAUUUUCUCAUUUAUGAAAAGGAAUGAAAAUAAUGAUGGCACAUUGUUACCCCAAUUAUUUUAUUAAUAGAACAUUAGAAUGCCAUUCUAAGGCAUUUAAAAAAGAUGCCCCCCCAAUCAGAAUUAUUGUCCAUUUUGGGCGCAUGAUUCGCAUUUUUGUUGUGUGUGUGUGUUUGCGGCCACCACCAAUUUGGUAGCAACAGUUGCAUCGCCAUUGGCUGCAGCUGCAACUGCGGCAAGCUCCGGUAAUGUUGCGGUCACUGCUGAUUCGCCUGUAAAGUGGGCGAACUCUCAUAGUUAUUACUAGGUGAGGGAGUUGCGGAAUGGGUCAUGGCACUAUUAUUUUCUAUCAAGAUAAUACAUUUUUAAAUAUAUCCAUUGCCUGAACUAAACUAAAAGUAUACAUAACCUACCUAGGAGUAGGUUAUGUAUAAACAUAAACAGUAAGUUGUGAAUAAACACAAAUUUAUUCUUACUUCUCAACAAAUGUACAUUCCUUAAAAAAUCUUUGAAGCUCGAGACUUGAACCACUAACAAUAACUUGAAUCAUGCAAAAAAAGUAUAUUUUCCCUUUCUCCUAGACUUUGUUCUUAACUCUCAACUAAAAUAGUCUCUUAGUUAUUAAUAAGAAAAUAAUGGGAAUCACACUUUCCUAUAGACAACUAUUCCAGUAUAGUAACCUAAAAUAUUUUUAAAUCAAAAUACAAUUUUGAUUAUAUUAUUCAAUGAAAAACAAAUGUUCAGGUUAGAUCUAAUCGAUCAAUUCUGAAUGAAUAAUAAUAAUGCCUUUAUUGAUUGCAAUAGAAAUACAGGAAAUGCAUGAGAAAUAGAAAACAAUAAAUAAAUAACUUUUCAUAGUCCUUCAUUUUUCACUCUUUAAUCUUUCGCUGGCUUAUAUCUCAGGUCAAUUGUUGACAUUUGGGUAGGUUUGCAAUAUUCAAUAGUUGAACUCCCUGACCAGUGCGUAUCAUUAGCUCCACGCCUGCCUGCAGUAGGCUCCCACAGUUCUCCAAUUCUCGCCAUUCAGGUAGGGCUGCAGUUCGUCCGCUGACAACACUCUCCUCCGGAAGUACCUCCAUCUGAACUCCUUCAGGACAGGACACUCUCCCAAGAAAUGGAUGACAUCUUCUUCUUUUCUCAAAUUGCACAGCGAGCAAAGUCCACUGCCAGCAACGAAUGAGUAGCCGUUGAGGCGAAUCAGCUCAGUUCUCGCCUUAAACAUCCACUUCACCAAUGGGAAGUCGUCCGUCACCUCCAGAUAUUCUCUGAAUUAUUGCAGUCUUGGAAACAACACCAGCCUCUGCGAAUUCAGCACCUGCUCUCGACAUCGGCCCCCCAACUGCUGCUCUACUGUGGCAACGAUGCCAUCAACAUUGACGCUUCCAAUUGUCUCCGGUUCCAAGGAUAUCUGUAGAUUAUCACUGAUGUCUCUCCACUCCCUGACAAGAUAAUGCUGUUUCUCCAUGACCUCUAACAACAAAAUUCGAGGGUAUCUGUUCUCGGGCAUGGCCAAUACUCGCUGUAUAAACUUCACAUGUAGCUUGAGGGUGUAUGUGAACAAACUUGGCAGUCCAGCUUCCAGAGACAGGAUGUAAUUUGUGGCAUUCAUUGGUAAACUGAACACCUUCUUGAUGAAAGUCCUUUGUAAUUUUUCCACCACAUCAUAGAUCCUCGUCCCCCAAAUCUGUGCUCCAUAGCAAAGUAUAGCUCGCGAAACAGAAUGAAAAAUUCUUUUUUUUGCAGCAAAGCCAAUUUUGUCAUUGAGAACAAUCAUGGCACACGAAUUUAGAGCUGUCAGUGCCAAGUACUUGUAGUGAUCCACUACCUUAAUCUCUUCAUCAUUGAAAUUCCAAUUCUCAGACUGUCUCAAUCUUCCUCCAUUCCUGAAAAUCAUGAUCUUUGACUUGCUUAGGUUCACCUGUAGACCCCACAGUUCGCAAUACCUCUAAGCCUUUUAUCAUUUUCUUCAGUGUCCAUUCAUGAGAUGCUACCAGCACAAUAUUGUCUGUUUAAAUAUCUUAAUAAAUUCUUAGCCAUUUGAAGUAACCAUCUUUAUUUACGUAGAUAACAAACUAAACUCUGUAAACAACUUAUUAUUUUAUCAAACAGUUAUCAUGUGAUUAAGUAACAUCACAUGAUAUACAAACAUCUUCCCCUUUUACUUUCUCAAACAUUUCCUUUUUCAACCUUUCCUUUGAUUUCAUCGUCUUCUUAAAAACCUCUCAUUUCUUCUUAAUAUUCUUCCACUAUUGGACUUCACCACAUAGGACCGUGGGGCAUCAGCUUCAUUAAUAAAUGUUGUUUAACCACUCCAGGCUCCCAUAAUUUUGUUCUCCAAUCUUGGAUAUAAAUGGGCUGAUUUUCUUUGAAAUAAGAUACAUGUUUCCGUGACUGCUUAUCGUAUGUUUCUUUCUGUUGAAAUUUAUGGUUCUUCAUUUGCACUGCUAUUUCUUCCCGAGGAAGUUGAUGAAGUUUCAAACUAUCUUGAGGGUAAGGGAACUUUGUUCUUAUCAUUCGACCAAACAUUAACUGAGCAGGAGAAUAAUUGAGACCCGCAACACAACUAUUCCGAUAGUUAAGCAAACUCAAGUUUAAAUCGGUUUUGCUUUCAGCACACUUUCUUAUCAUAGUCUUUGCUAUGUUCACCCCCUUUUCAGCUAAGCCGUUAGACUGAGAAUAACGAGGACUUAUUGUAAUAAUUUUAAAAUCCCACUCCUUUGCGAACUGUAUCAUUUCUUGGGAGCCAAACGGAUUAUUAUCAGCUAUUAUAAUCUGCGGAAUUCCAAACCUGCCAAAUAACUGGGAUAAAAUAGAUUUAACAGCCGAACUUGUCUUACUGUUCAUUUUUGUUAUUUCAAGCCACCUUGAAUAAUAAUCCACAACUAUGAGAUAAGCUAUUCCUUUUACUUCAGCUAUAUCCACUCCAAUUUUUAAAAAUGGAAAAUCGGGUAUUUCAUGAGAAAGCAUUGGACUUCUUACAUUGGACCUUCUAUAUUUUUGGCAAAGCGUGCAGGAUUCAGCCAGAUUUUUUAUGUUUGCUCUUAUUCCUGGCCAAUAAUAAAAUUUUGAGGCAAUGCUGUUCAUUUUUGUUUCUCCUAAGUGCGUUUCAUGGAGCCUAUUCAAGAUAAAAUCUCUCAAAUUCUUGGGUAUAAUAAUUCUUGAAUUAUAAUACAAUAGACCCUUGCUAAAUUGUAUUUCAUUUCUUAUUUUGAAAAAAUACCUUAGUUCUCCUCCAUCAACAAUGUUAUUAAGCCAGCCAUUUUCACAAUAAUCUAUAACUUUCCGAAGAACAUCAUCAUUCUGUGUUUCUGUUACAAAUUCAUUCAAGCGUUUCUCUGAAAAUUCAACUUCGCCAUUCUCAGUAACACAAUGAACCAUAUCCGCCAUGCUCAAAUCAACUUUUUCUUUAGUUCUUACACCGCACCUUGACAAAUAAUCAGCAAUAUACAUGUUUUUCCCAGGUAAGUACUGGAGGCUAAAGCGGUAAGGCAUUAGUUUUAGUCUCAAUCGACGAAUUCUGUUAUUCUGUAUGUUGUUUAAUGGUUUCUUCAUUAUUGAAACUAAUGGCAUAUGAUCAGUAUAUAUAGUCAAUUCAUCAUGACCGUAGAUAUAGGUGUGAAAUUUAUCACAAGCAAAUACAAUAGCAAGGAGUUCCUUCUCGAUUUGGGCAUAUUCACAUUCAGAAGAGUUCAUAGAUCGUGAUGAGAAAUAAAUUGGCUUGUUGUUCUGUAGUAAACAGCAUCCUAAAGCGUCUUGUGAUGCAUCACAUUGGAUUAAAACUGGAAUCUUAUAAUCAAAGGGAGCAAUUACCUUGUCACUUGUAAGAACCUUUUUAAUGUUAUUGAUUGCAUUUACAUGAAUCUCUGUCCAACACCAAGAGACGUCUUUCUUCAAUAAUUCUCUCAAUGGUGACACUAUUUGUGACAUAUUUGGGAUGAACAUUCUCAAAUAGUUGACCAUCCCCAACAGACGUUGUAGUUCAGCUUUAUUUGUUGGGUCGGGGAGAUCAUUAAUAACCUUUAUUUUUCCUGGAUCAGGAAGCAUUCCUGAUUUAUUAAACAGCAUUCCUAAAUACUUCACUUCAGGUACGCAAUAUUGAAAUUUCUUGAAAUUAAAUUUGAUGUUUAAUUUCCUCGCUCGUUCCAAGACCUGUUUCACUGUCUCGUCAUGUUUUUCUUUGCUGUUUGAAGCAAUGCAAAUAUCAUCGAAAUAAACCACUACUACUGGAAUAUCUUCAAAAUACUUUGAAACACAUUUGUGAAACAAUUCUGGUAAAUUACAUAAGCCAAAAGGAGAACGUAAAAAUCUAUAAGUUCCAAAUAUAGUGCUAAAAUUGCAAUAUUUAGCAGAUUGUUCAUCAAGGAGUAUGUGAUAAAAUCCAUCUUUUAUGUCAAGAACGCUGUAGUACUCUUUAUUUGCUAGACGAGGAUGAAUAUCCUGUAUUGUUGGGAUUGUAACUCUUUCUCUUACAAUGUACUUGUUCAAAUGUACAGGGUCUAUGCAAAUUCUUAAGGAUCCAUCAGGUUUCUCUACUAUCACAGCAUUUGAAACCCAUUCAACGGGCUCCUCAACCUUUUCAAUAAUUUUCAUGGUUAACAAAUCAUCAAGUUUUUCUUUAAAUUUGUCCUGAAUCUUCAUUGGUAUACGUCUCGCUGAACUGGCAUGUGGCAUUGCGUCCUUUUUUAAUCGAAUUUUGCACUUGUCGGGGAAACAACCAAGGCCAGUAAACACAUCAGAAUACGUUUCAAAAAAAUACGUUUUGUCCUUCACAUUGUUGUUACUACUUUGCUUCUGAACUUCAUCAAUUCGUUUCACCAGAUUCAACUGAAUACAAGCUUCAAGGCCUAGAAUCGGUUCUGUACUCUCUUUGACCACAACGAAGUUUAUCAAAUCAAAUCUUUUUUCUGAUUCCACUUGAGCAGUGAACUGACCCAGAGGUGAAAUUUUAAAUCCUCCGUAUGCUUCUAAUCGAACACUACUCUUUUUCAACCUACUCAAUAACACACUGUCUUUCACAAUUUCAUAUGGCAAUAUAUUUACUUCUGCUCCUGUAUCUAAUUUGAAGUUUACUGGUUUAUGUUCAAUUAAUAAUGUUUUGAACCAAGCCUUUUCAUUGACAGUGUUAACUAGAUAUACUGAAUCAACAAACUCGUGAGCUUCUUCUAUUGCUGUUGGAUUUUCCACAACAUUAUGUAAUGGUUGAGGUAGCCUUUGCUCACUCACUCUGAAAUUAUUUCUUCUAGCUUUAUUCAGGCACAUUUUGCUAAAAUGAUUCAUCUUACCACAUUUAUUACAGCUUUUACCAGACGCUGGGCAGCUCCUACCUUCUACAUGCUGAAUUCCGCAAUAGCCGCAUACAAUCUUCUGAUAUGAGUUUGUUUUCCUUUUAUCAUACUUGGAAACUGGGUGCACUUCCUUUCGAGACUUUUCUUCAUUUAUUGACUUCUCAUGUUUUUCACCUAUUUCAACGCUGCGACAAUAAUCAAUUAUUUUCUCUAACGAGGUGUUGUCUCGCAACACACGUUGUUGCAUUUAUUUCGACCUUAACCCCAAUGCAAUCAUAGCCUUCAAUAACUUAUUCUCUUGUUCCCCAAAUUCGCAUCUUGUCACUAGCCCAUUCAAAGUUGCAUAGAAUGAAUUAAAUGAUUGACCUUCCUCUUGUUUGCAAGCUAUAAAAUUGUAUACAUUCAUGAUCUCAUUCUUUUUUGGUAAACAAUAGCUCUCUAAUAUUUUUAAUAUUGAUUCUACCGUUUCUGGCUCAUCCACAUCUUGUAACGAUUCAUAUAAAAUCAAAGCUUCAUUGCCUAACAAGUUUUUAAAUCUUGCAACUUGAAUUUGGUUGGAUUUUUUAUUUGUCUCAGUCGCUAUAAAAUAAUUUACGAUAUUUUUCCUGAAUAAUUCGAAAUUUUGUGAAACAUUUUCCCCGUUGCAUAGUAACGGUUCUGGCUUGUUGAAAUCCAUGUUCGUCUUUUAAGAAAAAAUAUAAUAAUACGAUAAUUACCCAAUCUUAUUACUCACUCAAUCCUGUCGUUAUCAUUCUCCUUUUCUGUUCAAUUCCUUGACUGCGCCAUGUUUAAAUAUCUUAAUAAAUUCUUAGCCAUUUGAAGUAACCAUCUUUAUUUACGUAGAUAACAAACUAAACUCAGUAAACAACUUAUUAUUUUAUCAAACAGUUAUCAUGUGAUUAAGUAACAUCACAUGAUAUACAAACAUUGUCUGCAUAUAUGCGAGUAACUUAAUACGUGUCCCUCUGAUGUUUAUACCUCACUCUAGGUAGUCAUCUAUAUCAUUGAUAAAGAGGGAAAAGAGAAGAGGACUCAACAAACAGCCUUGUUUGACCCCAGUACACGUUUCAAAUGCUUCUGACAGCCCCUCUUGACCCCACACCCUUGAACUUGUACCUUCACACAUACUUCUUAGGACAUCAAUGAUUUUCGUUGAUAUCCCCAUUGCAGCCAAUUUAUAGAAGAGAGAGUAUCUAUCAACUCAAUCGAAGGCAGCAGAUAGGUCUACGAAGAAGGCAUAAAGCCUCUGCCUCUUUGAACUGCACUUUACUCUAACAAUGCUAACAAGGUUGAAUAUAUUAUCAACUGUGGAGUAUGUCCUUCGAAACCCCGCCUGAAACUCGCCGAGUACAUUGUUCUGAAUAUUCCAUGCCUCAAUUCGUUGCAAUAGUACACCAGAGAAUAACUUUUCAACAGUAUUUCCAAAUGAUAUGCCUCUGUAGUUUGAAGGUUCAUUUCUGUCAACCUUCUUGAAAAUCGGGAACACUAUUGCACUCCUGAACGAUUCUGGAACGACUCCUGUAUCCAAUAUCCUAUUAAAGACACUGACCAGUCUCUCUUUGAAGCUCGUGGGGGCAUUUUUGUAGAAAUCGUAGGGAAUCCUAUCAUCUCCUGGCGCCUUGUUAUCCGUUGCUUUUAGUAGAACUGUGUUCAGUUCGUGCAGUGUAACUGGAUAAUCUUAUACAUCAACCAAAGUUUUGGGCUCUACAUAACAGAUUUUUCCACAGGAAACGGUUGGGUUUGAGAGAUUUCUGAAGUGCUGCAUCCAGUCAUCAAUAGAAAUUCCUGCGCCUGAGAGAAACUGUGACUUCUUCAGCUUUCUAACCACACUCCAGAACUCCUUGGCAUCUGAGACAUGUCAUUAGAUUUGAGCUCGACCGAAAGCACAUCAUUACAAAUAUCUAAAAUUUUGUUUAUGCACUGUUCAUCACGUUCCCCCUCAGCCUCACUAACACCAAAGAAUACCACGUUAUUCUCUCUUCUCAAGCUCUCAAUUUGAAUAUUUUGUUUCUGUAGCUCCUGCUUCAAUCUUUCAUUCUCCUUGGCAAGCGCAUCAAUUUUCGCAUUUUGCUCUGUGAACAGAGAGCUUAUAUUUAGAGCUGCUAUUUCUUCCUUAAUAACUUGUUUGGUGUUAUUUACUAAUUCAUUUUUGAAUUUCUCCAUCACCUUCUCCAAGGUAUCCAUGUCUGCAUUAGCCACAUAUUUCAGUCAUGAUAUUACAACAAUCAUGAGCACAAUAAUAUCACAAACAUGAAUGACAAAAAUUGCACGUAAGACCAUGGACAGCUACUCAACCAUUUGUGAAAUUGCAUCUACUAUAAAACCACUAGUCAGAAGAAUUGGAUCGAAAUUCUUUAGAGCAAGUUUUCCAAUAGAAUUACUUUCAAUGUGGAUGUGAGUUCAAGUAUAAGUGUCAAUAAUUACAUUUUAGAUAAAAAAUUAACUAUAUAGAUGUAAUGAAAACUGAAUUUCCAACACUCAUCUAGAUUAAUAAUUAAUUAUCUCACUCAUCUAUUAAUGAAUAGGGGAACGUAAGCAUUGGAUGCUAUUUCAAAUCAUUUCAGUAACUUUUCAGUCUAUGAAUGAAAUUCCCAACUUUUUAAACCAAAUUUCACAAAUGCAUCCAAAGAUAAUGAAUGGCAUAUAUCUUAUAUAUGGUUAUCAUGUUUAUUGAAAUCAUCCAUUGAUGACUGAUUAGAUUUCAAAAACUAGUUUCUUGUGAUUCCGAUUCAUGAGUGGUAGUUUCAACUCGCAAGUAGCAGUAACCACUGUCUAUUUCUAGCCUACCUCCUUUGUAGUAGAAACUAUAAUUCUUCCUUCUACUCCUACUGAAGGAGAUUACUUUUGUCUUUGAACCACUAUAAAGGUUGCAUAUAUGCACAUGUGACUUGAAAAAAAUAAAUGUUGUCUUUUAUGAAUCUCGACUUCUCAAAUUCGAUUUAGUGGAUCUCACUCAUUUUGUACAAGCCUGCUUUUAUUGCCAAGCUUUUCAGAAGUUUCAUGUCGAAAUUCUUCGGAGUAUUUUCAAUGAAAUCACAGAGCAAAACAUACGUCAAUUGAAUAAACUUUUCCAUUAGCAUCUUGGAACAAGCAAAUCUUGAAAAAGACCUCGUUCGUUUUGUGGAGUCUCUUUGGCAUGACGCCAGUCAAUCGACAUCUGAAUGCCAGCAGAGGCUCGAUCUUCAAAUCAUAAGUAGUAUCAGGGUCAUCUUUUGAAGGCAGAACUGUCCAUACUUACAUCUUUUUCAGAGGUAUCCAAUUCAAAUUUAAAUUGAUAUACAAUAAAACUCACUCACUUUUAAGAAGGAGAAACUAAUACUGAAGUGAUCCACAUCUAUUCAGUAACUUGAAUAAGAUUCAAGCCUUUACGUAUUCCACACUCUCCAUCUGUAUAAUAUGUAGUUGUUUGCCAUUUUAUGAAGCAAAGUAAGAAAUAUAAAAAUUCUGAGGUAUUGUAUUCAAGUUACUCUUCGAUUCUUUUUUAUGUACAAAUAAAAUGGUUCUUUGGAUUUCAGUUUUAUCUGUCUGAUAUGGAACCAAUUCACUUUUUUUCUGAAGAAAUUUUUCUGUUCCUCAUCUUGUUGGAACAAAUUGCAAAAUAUCCCAAUAUUAUCAAGUAAUAUUGUGCGAUCAAUAGAACCGAAAGCCUUUGCCAGGUCAACGAACAGCAAAAAAAAUAUUUUUUCUAUAAUUAUUUAUGCUCAUUCUCAAAUAAUCCCCAAGUCUAUAAAAGCAGUUUGAAGAAUUGCAAUCGUGCCUGAAUCCAAACUGGAAAUUGGAUAUCGAAUAAUAACUUGUUUAUUCUUAAAUAGUGAGUCAGUUGGUUCUUAGCCAAUUUCAAAAUAUCAGGGAAAUUCCCGGAUUGAAGCUGCAAUUUAUAAUAUGAUCAAGUGGAUCAAUAAUAGAAUGUAUGCAAUUAGUGGGAAUUUGAAUUUUGAUUGCCAGUACAUAUGUAUUCGAGGGAACUUGAUACAACCCAUUAUUGCUUGCAUUCCAAAGAACACUUUCAUCUCCUCUGUGGUUUUAAAGAUGGCUUCAUUUCUUUCCCAUGGCUUUGGAGGAAAAUAUUGUGCUGUGAAGUGUGCAGCAAGCUCAUAUAUGUCCUCUGUAAAAUACCUCUCAAAGUAUCCCAUUGGAGUGAGAAUUUCCUGUGAAGAAAACAAAUCAUUAGGAAACUCCAACCCAGGUUUUUUUUCAAAGUAGAAAAAGGGAAGUUAUUAAUUUGAAAAUUAAUAUGACUGAAUCUUUGUCAGCAAUAGGCUACUCACAAUAAUAUCCUGUUCAUCAGUCUCAAGUGGCAAAUCAUGGGCAGGGAAUGCUCGUUUCUCCCAUUCCAGCUCUGAAGGUUGGCCUGGCUGCUGAUUGAAACUGUCAUCAUCAUCAUUUGAUUCUGGAUCAGAAGAUUCUUGAAUUGUUGUUGGGACAUAAUCCUCGUCACUUGAUUCUUCCUCUAUUUCGAUGUCAGACCCAUUCUCCAGCUGAUUGAGAAGAGAUGUUAUUCCACUCUCAUCCAGAACUUCAUCUUCUGAAAAAAGGAAUAAUACCAAAUGUUUAUUGUAUGAAUUGAAUAAUAGUUUAAAUAAUAAGAGUAUAUAAUUCAAUGAUGAAGAAUAAACAGAGCCACAUUCACUGAAUUUCUAUGUGUUUUGAUUUAUGUUUCAUGGGAAUAUUUAGAAAAAAGCUUCAUUAUUUGUGAAAAAUCAUCAAAACACUAUUGAAAAAUUAUGGGAAUAAUAGAAGCUAUUGUAAAAUUUAAAUUUCCACUUCAAUAUAUUAAUUAAACUCGAGAAUAAAAUGAAAUGAAUGCUUGUUUUCCAGAGUAUCACAAGUUUUUAGGUUAUGAGUCACUGAAGUGAUUGACUCCUGACUCUCACAAUUAUUGUGUUGUUAACAUUUAAUUUUCAAAUAUCAUUGUCAAAUAUCAUCCAAUCUCAUUUAAAAUGAUACCAACGUGUUCUUUGAUAUUUUCUAAAUGAGAAUCAAUAGUUUAAUUGAUGAAUAGCUAAACAAUAAAUAGUUUUAAAAUGAAUAUCUUACCUUCCCGUGUUGUCAUGGUGCUACAACCAAACAGCCGUGUGAUCAGCUGUCUUCUACAAGCGUAGAAGACAUGAGAAAAAUUAUAGAGUGACGUCGAUAUGACCAGAAGAACCAGCACAAUGAUGUGAGCCAGGAGUGAAAGAGUAGUUGUUUGUUUUCUCCAUAAGAAAAAUGCUUGAAAAUACCAUCACGAUUGUGAGGGCAAGGAGCGUAAGGGUUAGACGAAUUGUGUACUGCAGGCAGGUUGGACCGCUGAAGCCCGAGUUGUG